CCGAGUUGAUUUAACCCAACGAGAGUCAUCAAGAGAAAGAAUCCCCCCCAAAAAAUGGCCAAGUCAUUGAACAUCUUUGUCAUGGCUCUCUCUCUCAUUGCAUUAUCUCCUCUUUGUUUGUGUUCUAAAUCCUAUGGAACUGGCGGAUAUCUCUUUCCUCAGUUCUACGACCACUCUUGUCCUAAAGCUCAGGAGAUUGUUCAGUCCAUUGUGGCUAAAGCAUUCGCAAAUGAUCCUCGCAUGCCUGCCUCCUUGCUCAGACUCCAUUUCCACGAUUGUUUCGUCAAGGGAUGCGAUGCUUCGAUACUAUUGGACAGCAGCGGAACCAUAAUCAGCGAGAAACGAUCAAAUCCUAACCGAAACUCAGCCCGUGGUUUCGAACUUAUCGAGGAAAUCAAAUAUGCCUUAGAACAAGCGUGUCCUGAAACAGUUUCUUGCGCUGAUAUCUUGGCUCUAGCCGCUAGAGACUCAACUGUCAUCACGGGCGGACCGAGCUGGGAAGUACCUCUAGGAAGAAGAGACGCGAGAGGAGCAAGCUUGAGUGGUUCCAACAAUGACAUUCCUGCUCCAAACAACACUUUUCAAACCAUCCUCACUAAGUUCAAGCGUCAAGGACUCGAUCUCGUUGAUCUUGUCUCCCUCUCUGGAAGUCACACCAUAGGAAACUCGAGAUGCACAAGUUUUCGGCAGAGGCUAUACAACCAGUCCGGCAACGGAAAGCCUGAUCUGACUCUAAGCCAAUACUAUGCAACCCUGUUGCGUAAACGAUGUCCGAGAUCCGGGGGUGACCAGAACCUCUUCUUCCUCGACUUCGCGACCCCGUUCAAGUUCGACAACCACUACUUCAAGAACCUGAUCAUGUACAAAGGUCUAUUGAGUUCUGAUGAGAUUCUGUUCACAAAGAACAGAGAGUCGAAGGAGCUUGUGAAGCUAUACGCUGAGAAUCAAGAGGCCUUCUUCGAACAGUUUGCCAAAUCGAUGGUGAAGAUGGGAAAUAUCUCUCCGUUGACUGGCGUGAAGGGAGAGAUCCGACGCAUAUGUCGGAGGGUUAACCAUGCUUAUUAACCAAAUCUAUCUUUAUAUAUGCAACGACUUCAGUUUCAUGCAUUUGUUUGGCAUGGACGUAUCAUUGAGUUUUCGAUUUCCUUUGGCUGUUUGUUGUAUGAGUUUGUAUGGUAUAUUUACUAAAAUCUGAUUUUGUUUCUUAAAAAAAUGAUCAACAUACUACUA